GUUUGUUGUGAUCAAUGUUAAACGAAUUGCAUCCUUUUUUAAUAUUAGAUAUUUUCCCAGUGAGAAAGAGACAAUGUUACACAGUAAAUAAAUGUAAUGACUGACUUAAUAGCCCACAAGUACCUUAUGAUGCACAAUAAUAAUGGAUCUUAUGGCAGCGCGAGUGAUCUAUUGGACAGCCAUGUGCUGGGGCGAGACAAGCUGGAGGAGCCCGCGAUGGAGAGGUCCACGAGGUCCAGCCUGGACGCCAACAGUGUUGACAUCGGUGAAAUAACUGAAUCUCCUGAUACGGAGUAUAUGAGUACGUCUGCUAUUCUACACUAUUGUAAAUCUAAGAUAUUGCUUCCUUAUCUUAAACUUUUAACAAUAAUGGGAUUGCGUCCAGUCGUCGAUUCCUCGAACUCGUCAAGAGUCUCUAUAUGCUUGUCACACUUCCAUUCUGCGCAAGUUGCAGUAUUUAUGUUCUUAGGAUACAUUCUUCAGUACAUGGCAUGUUUUAGAAGAGACCGAGGUUUCUGCUACAAGCUCGUGCCGCUGGCACUGGAGUCGUCGCUCGAGUACGAGACGUACAAGCAAGUGUGCUACGGGAACGUGACGCUCACGUACAUCGGGCCCAGCAUACUGCACUUCCUGGGCUUCCUAUACGCUCUCUAUUUGUUUAGAAUAUCCGAUAAUGAGCAGCUCCAGAAUCUUAUGGAAAGGGUAUUUCUACUAUCGUCAUAUACACAGCAGGGCAUGGCCUCUGCCAACCCGAAGCGGCUCUUACGUCUGCUGUGGGCGUUCAUCAUAAUGAGCGUGUUGUGGAUGUGCCUGUCGCUCUGCUCGGUCAAUCUGAUGAUGGCCGAGGGUACCAUUAUGUUCCGGUGGAUGGAACAAAGUUCAAAACAAACCCUAUUAAUACUGAAGAUCCUGCUGGUGGCGUGCACGCUGGUGCACGACAUGGUGCAGGCGACCAUCAUCACGAGCUACUGCCUGCAGGCGCAGCUGCUGCAGGCGCACCUCAUGUACCUCAAGGAGCGCCUGCUCAACAGAUCCACCACGCCACUCAAUUGGAUGCGUGAGAUCGCCGAGUUCCAGAAGCUUCUCAAGUACCUGAACGACGACCUGGCGCCGGCGGUGUGCCUGUUCACGGUCGUGAACGUGUCGUGGGUCGCGUCGGGCGCCAUGUGGAUGUACAGCCUGGACAAGGUCGACACGCAGACGGAGCCGAUCGUCGGGAUCAGUUUGCUCAACUUGCUGUUGUGGAUCGCGGCGGCUAUCGUGCCCUUUAUACAGGCAGCGCGCCUCUCAAAAGAGUGCCGGCGGACAGAGAGCGUGGGCCACGAACUCUGCGUCCGGCCGUUCCUGCACCAGGACACGCCGCACGAGGACGUCGCCGCCGUGCUCAUGUACUCCACGACGCUCAGGCUCCGGGCCAAGUUGUUCCACCAUCCAAUCGCCGGCCGAUACCUCUGGCUAGUGCUCACAAUCACACUGGUUGGGCUGUUCUCGCUGGGCAUGUGCCAUUAUAUAUAA